AAUGAUGCAAGAACAAGAAUAUGAUUAUACAGUUUAACAUACUGAGGCAAUCUAAUUAUAUGUACAUUAGUAAAUGAAAGACCCUAAUGAGGAAUAUGUAAAAUUGCUAAUUAAAUAAUUAAUUAGAGUAGAUAGUGUAAGAAGAGAAAGCCAAAUGAAUUAAUGCUUUACAAAGAUUUAAGUGAUCGAAAUCCAUUACUUACUAUUUAUAGAGCUGUUUCAUAUGAUGGUAAAUUGUUUUUAAUUUAAAUCCAGAGCCUGAUAAACAAAUUACAAUCAAUAAAAUUAUAUAGUGGUUACAGAAUCAAUAGAAAACGAUAUUACAAAGAUCUGAAAAGGAUAAGCUUAGUGAAAAGAGCUUCCUUAAACAUAUUUUAACUUAACUAUGUGAAAAAUAAUAAUAAGAGUCUAAGCCUAAUCCUAAUCCUAAUCCUUAAGAAUUUAUUGCAAUGAAUUAAACAUUUGUUCAUUAUAUAAAUGAAGCAGUUGAAAAAUAAAGUGAAGGUUAUGUCAAUAAUAUCCUUAUGAUGGUCUAGCCAAAUAUUAAAAAAUUUUAAAACAACAAUCUAAAUUACUUUGCUUAAGCUGUAGCACAUUAAAUGAAACAAUCAAAGAAAGGUUUUUAUUUAAAUCCUAAUUCUAGCAUAAAUUCCAACAGAGUCCCCUUUCAGAAGUAAUAAAGUGAUAUUUAUUAAUUUAACUGGCAAGGAGAGUCUAUAAAACUUGGAGUCUUGGUAAUCAUAUAUAGAAAAAUCUGAUGAAUUUGUUUAUUUCUCAUUUAUCAAAGUACAAGGAGAAGAAAAGAAUGACAUAGAGAAUUAAUUUAAUGAUUAUUCAAACUAUUUUAAAUAAAUGGAAUAGGCGAAUUUUAAUUAUUAUUUAUUACCAUAUGUUUGUCCUUAAAGUUAAGAUUAAAACAAUACUAAUAUCUUACAUGGAUAACUUGUGAAAGCAUUUUUUUAAAAUUUUAUGCAUAAUAGAAUUGAGAGAUUCUCUCAUAAAGGCUAUAUAGCUUUAAGCUUAUCCUUAUCAGAUGAUAUUGAAUAUGAUCCAUUCACAAUCAGAUUUUUGAUCAAUAAUCUAACAAAAUUGAGUAAUGAUAAGUUAAUGAUUCAUAUUAACAUUGAAAUUCCAGAAGAAGACAGCACUUAUGAAAAGAGAUUAACAUAAUUAAUGAAUCUCUGUUAUUCUUCAUUUUCAGAAUAAAAUAUUUCAAUUUAAAAAUUAAUUCCUUAAGAUAAAAUUGUAUUAAGUGAAUUAAUAGAUCGUCUAAAAAAGAUAUAUCGUUAUCUUAAUCUAGAAAAUUAAUAUAAAUCAAUCUAAUAUUGUAAUAUUGCAAUAUAAAAUUUAAAAUAAGAAAUUAAUAGAAUCAAAGAAAAUCCUAUUUAAUAUCCAUUAGCCAAUUUGUACUGUAUCUUUUACAAGAGAAACUCUGAAUAAUAUUUAAUCAUACGUCCUGAGUUGGAAAAUGACGAUCAAAUAACACCUUUUACAUAAAUAAUUAUAAAUUAUUAGGAUGAUAUUAUAAUCUUAUAUUAAGAUGGAGAAAAAAAGUUUUUGUAUUUUCUUCAAUUUAAUAAUUCAUACUUUAACAAAAAGAAUCUCAUAGAGAAAAUUAAAUUGUAAUUUAUUAAUAUCUAAAUUUAGCAAAAAUCUAACCAAUUUUUUAGAAUCUGCUAACAUCGCAAAUCAAAUUGUAUUUUAUUUUAAUUAAUAAAUAUAUGUAUUCUAUGGAUAAUAAUAAAACAAUUUUAAUUUGGCAGGUUAAAGAAUUAACAUCCUAUAAAUGCAAUCUACUCCUUUAACAUUUACUAAUUAAGAUAAAUUUUAAGGGAAUUUCCAUUCAAAAAUUGCAAUUUAAAAAUUAGGAAAUGAAUAAUUAAUAGAUAAAUUGAAAAGCAGAAUAUCACCAACUGUUUGCAUUGACAAUUAUAAAGAUCAAAUUUUAAAGAUUGUUUUAUUUGGAGGAGAAAAUAUUGAGUAAAAUUAUUAAUUAUAUCAUCUAGUACUCCUUAAAUAAUGAAUUUAAUAGAAUAUAUGGAAAUUAGGGAUUAAUAAUUUACUACUGGUAUUUUAGAUAAAAGCAAUUUAUUUAAAGAUAUAUCUUUUAAACCAUUUCCAGGUCAAACUAUACUGAGUACUAAUUAUCAAAAUGAUAUUUUAUAUUUAAUAUUACCUGGAAAUGAUACUCUCAGAAAAAAAAGUUUAAAUCAUCCAAUUAACACUUUAUUCCAUAAAAAUGCUUUAUUAAUGAAAAAAGGAUGCUUAGAUUACUCACUCUCUAAUAUUCCCAUUAAUUAUUAUGGUGAUAUAUCUUAUGGAUUAAAUUUCAUUUCUAAUAGUUAAUAGAACUCUUAACUUAUAUUUUUAGAUGAUAUUUUAGCUAUCUGGAGAGUGAUAUAUACAUAAACAAUGAAAAUAGAAUCAAUUUAGAAGCUUAAAUUAGAUUUUUCUUAAGCAUGGGGAUCUAAAUGUGCAAACACUGAAUUUUCACAUAAAAAAGAGAAGUUAUUUAAAGAAUAAUAUCAUGAUAUAGAAAUGAUUUUAGCCUACCUUAUAGAAAUUUAAAAAGAAAUAAGUGAAGGUGAUGUUAUAGAAUUGAUUGAUAAAAAAAAUAAAUUUGAUAAAUCAAAAGAAAAAUCCGAAUUAAAUAUAUACAAUUAGGAUGAAUAGAUUAAGUAAAAAGAUUAUUUCAAAUAAAAACUUGAUUAGGGAUAAUUAUUUGAUUUAUCAGGUAAUCCUUUUAACUAGAGGGAUAAAAUGCAAGAAGAAAAAGGAAAUCUAAAUGAACAAUAAUAAAAUCCACCAGAGUUUUUCAAAUCAAAUUUAUUAGAUAUAUAUGAUGGAGAUAAUAAAUAAUUGUAUUAAAUAGCAUAUGAGAAUUAUCUUUAUUUGGAUCUGUAAACUAAAUAAUUAUCAGUCAAAUAAUUUACAUAUUUAAUUGGAGAUGCUUUAAGUCUGCCUCAAAUUGAUAUAACCAAUUUAUUGUAAGUAAUAAAAAUUCAAAAAAUGAUAUGAG